AUGGGAUGGCCCGGUGCAGCACAUUCAGUUGGGAAAGACAUCACAAACGAACGAUUCAGCUGUAUUCCAGUAAUUCUACCAGAGGAGACCCAUGGGGCGUCUCGCAUGAGCCAUGAAUUGGUGUACGGGCACCACGCUCUUGGAGAAGCCUCUAGAAGAGACCAUCUACAACCCUUCGAUAUUCUGAUCUCUGUGGGACGGAUCGCUGCAUUGGUGGAUGAUGAGGAUGAUGAUGAUGAUGAUAAUGAUGAUGAUGAUGAUGACGAUGAUGAUGAUGAUGAUGAUGAUGAUGAUGGUGAUGAUGAUGAUGAUGAUGGUGAUGAUGAUGAUGAUGGUGAUCGUGAUGAUGAUGAUGACGAGGAGGAGGAGGAGGAGAAUGACGAAGAUAAUGAUGAGGAUGAUAAUGAUGGUGAUGAUGAUGAUUGUGGUGAUGAUGACGAUGAUGGUGAUAAUGUGGCCGAUUUUGCACGCCGGUUCAUAAUUCCCAUUGCCGAGAUGAGGGAUAAAUGUACAGUCGUUACGGAUUGCCAUGGGUUCACUGGUUCGGCGUUUGAGGCCUUCGAGCUACAAUCACAUGAAUUCCUCGUCAUCACGGGAUUCGAAAGCGAGGUCUGCAAAGCGUAUGCUAGGAAAUUAGGCCUCAAAUUACCGGUCUCCAUCAACUCCGAAAUUGGACAAAACAAUUUUAUUGCGAAUUUCUUACAGGGCAGACUCGGCUCGUCCUCCUUGGACCGAUCAAGAUCAACAUCAAAGCAAGCUCUUUUAGCUGAACGUACGGCUACUCCGUACCCUAUUUCUUCUUCUGAAGGGCGGUCAAUGUUUACAUUCCACUCGCCCGUAUGCAUUGAUCAGCAGAAGCCUCAAGCCGUUCAUUAUGUGAAGGAGUAUACUCCAGGCCCUGGUACCUACGAACUUUACCCCAUUCCAAUGAAACCUGUGAGAAGCGGAUCGCUUCGAACCGCAUAAUUUGGCGCAAGUAAUCAAUGCACGAUGCAAAAACACCCACCGCCCACAAGGAACUUUGUCCGUAA